AUGCUAUAUAAUAUCCAUUCACCUCUUGAACAAUUCGAGGUUGUUAGUCUUGCCUACACUGAAAUCCCAUAUUUCGGACAUGUUGCUCUAACAAAUCUUGGACUAUAUACUAUCAUUACUGUAUUCUUUGUUCUAGCAUUCCAUAUUCUAGGAUUCAACCACAAAAUUGUUCCUAGCCGAUGGAGUCUUUCACUUGAAUCUAGUUUCGCUUCUGUUCAUGGACUUGUUAAAUCACAAGUUGGUGCAGCUAACGAACGAUUCCUUCCUUUUGUUUAUUCUCUAUUCUUCUUCCUACUAUUCGCUAACCUAAACGGAAAUAUCCCAUACGGAUUCACAGUUACUACAUCAGCUAUUGUUUCUAUGGGACUUAGUGUUAUUGUAUUUAUUGGUGUUACUAUCCUUGGACUAAGUAUCCAUAAAGUACACUUCUUCUCAUUCUUUGUUCCUGCAGGUACUCCUCUUGCUCUAGUUCCUUUCCUUGCACCUAUUGAACUAAUUUCUUAUCUAGCUCGUGCACUUUCACUGGGAGUACGGCUACUAGCUAAUAUGGCUGCUGGACACUCACUAAUGAAAAUUCUUGGUGGAUUCCUAUUCUCACUAUUUACAUCUAGUUUCCUUAUUAGUAUCCUAACUAUUGUUCCAUUUGUUAUCUUCAUUGCUAUUAUUGUACUUGAAUUUGCUGUAUCAUUUAUUCAAGCUUAUGUAUUCUGUAUUCUUACAUCAUCAUACAUUAAAGAUGCUAUUGACCUACACUAA